UUUUAGAUUAACCUACCGGGUCAGUGUCCAGACAGCUGUCAGGCCUGAGUGACACGAGAAGGCAGACGCGAGAGGAGGCGUUGUCUCCCCUGAACAGAGGCGGACCUGAGGAGCAGGUCUUUGCACCUGUCGACCGCUAAUGACGCCCUCCCCUCCGCGCGCCUUCCCCGGUCCGCAGGUUCCGGUGGCCGCGGUCGCGCUGACCGACCCGGCGCAGGUUCCGAUGAACUCAGAAGUAAUUAUGGACGCUGUACAGGGACAGGUGAACUUUGAGGACGUGGCUGUGUACUUCUCCCAGGAGGAGUGGGGUCUCCUUGAUGAGGCUCAGAGACGCCUGUACCGCGAUGUGAUGCUGGAGAACUUUGCACUUAUGGCCUCGCUGAGAGAUGAAUCUUCCAUGUCCCAUGGGGUUCCCUCCCUGGAGCUGGGCAGCAAGACCUGGGGGUCUGACUGGGCAGACAUUACUCCAGCCAGGACCGGAGAAGCUCAGGGUUGUUGGCAUGGAAUGGAGGACGAGGAGAUAGCUUUUGAGCAGAACAGUUUUGUGGGAGUGUCACAGGUCAGGACUCCCAAGGCACGUCCUUCAACCCAGAAGGCCCACCUCUGUGAGACAUGUGGCUUGGUCUUGAGAGACAUUUUGCAUGUGGCUGAGCCCCAGGGAACACACCCUGAGCAGAAAUCGUACAUGUGUGGGGCAUGUGGGAAACAAUUCCGCUUCAUUGCAAACCUUCACCACCAGAAGCAGCACAGUGGAGAGGAGCACUUCAGAGGGGGCAAGGGCAGCCCCUUGUUUGUGAGCAGCUCCCCUGUCGAACCACUGGAGAUCCCUUGUAUGACAGGGAAGAGUUAUAAGGACUUCCCAACUAGCUCAAAUAUUUUCCAGCAGCAUGCUCCUCAUAGUCAAUGGAAGCCAAACAGUAACACCAAAUGUGUGGGUGCCUUUCACAGUGGACAAAGGCAUUACGAGUGCAAUGAAUGUGGGAAAGCCUUCAGCCGCAAAGACUCACUUGUCCAGCACCAGAGAAUCCACACUGGAGAAAGGCCUUAUGAGUGCAGCGAAUGUGGGAAAACCUUCAGCCGCAAACCCAUACUUGCUCAGCACCAGAGAAUCCACACUGGAGAAAUGCCAUACGAGUGUGGCAUAUGUGGGAAAGUUUUCAAUCAUAGCUCCAACCUUAUUGUACACCAGAGAGUUCACACUGGAGCGAGGCCUUACAAGUGCAGUGAAUGUGGGAAAGCGUAUAGCCACAAAUCCACACUUGUUCAGCAUGAGAGUAUCCAUACUGGAGAAAGGCCUUAUGAGUGCAGCGAAUGUGGGAAGUACUUUGGUCACAAAUACAGACUCAUUAAACACUGGAGUGUUCAUACUGGAGCAAGGCCCUACGAGUGCAUUUCAUGUGGGAAGUUCUUUAGCCAGAGCUCUGACCUUAUUGCACACCAGAGAGUUCACAAUGGUGAAAAGCCCUAUGUGUGUACUGACUGUGGCAAAGCCUUUAGCCACAAACAUGUACUUGUUCAACACCACAGAAUUCACACUGGAGAAAGGCCAUAUAAGUGCAGUGAGUGUGGGAAGGCCUUCAGGCAAAGAGCUUCCCUCAUCCGACAUUGGAAAGUUCACACUGGAGAAAGGCCUUAGGAUGGCAGGGAAUACACCAUUUCCUUGUUCCAUUGGUGACUGACAGCAAAGAGAAGCUCUGAGAUUAGCCUUCUUGAGUAGCCAUCAGCCAGAAGUUGAACCUCAUAACAUUUAAACAUCCACCCUGAGGAGAUUGUUCUGAGUGCAACAUAUGUGGGAGCUUACUGGUGCAGUGUUGCCCUUUGUAACCUGUCCAGAAGCCUUGCCAGAAUUCUGUCACUGCCUGUGUCUCUGGAAAAACAGAAAACAAAAAAACCAGCCAUGUAUGGAAUGGCAGAAUCCCACACUGUGCACAAGUCACCCCAACAUGUUCUAAUAGGCAGUCCUCUGCUCCUCCUCCCUUCCCCAGAGGGAAUCAUCAGUACCUGGAGCCCAUUAAAAAUCCACACUCCUUCCUGCCAUCUCCACUACCAGCUGGUAUAAGCAUGGACACGACCUAACUUUGGUCAGAAGGUGGCAAGCUUUGUUCUGCUGGCUGCUUGCAGAGAAGGUUUCCGUUUUUCAUGGACUUCAUUGGUCUCAUUUUGCACUCACGAUGGAUUUGUGCAGUCUUCAAGUAACCUACCUUAGGA